ACAUUAAGUGAAAUAUAUCUGGCAACAAGUCAAAAUGUGUCUGCUAGAGUAACCUAGUUUGAAUCUACUUAGCAAUGUAAACAUUCCUAUCGGUCCUAAUCGAUCAAGUAACCUAAAUACCAAUUUAUACCCGUCAUUUGUCUGUCAAAAUGGCGUACGACUUGCGCUUUGAAACACUGCCAAAGGAUCCGAAAUUAGAAGAAUCAUUUGAUGUAUUUAUUUGUAAUGGAUUUUCCCUCCCAUCAUUCGCUAUUAAAUUUUUACAAGAAGAGGCGAAGUCGUACGAAGCGAGAGAAGAUGACAUUUAUGUAGUUUCAUAUCCUAAAACAGGUACAACAUGGUUACAAGAAAUUGUUUUCAUUAUCCAUAGCAACUUGGAUUUUAAUGCAGCAAAGACCACAGAUCUGCAUCAGAGAUUUCCAUAUAUUGAACAUGCAAAGACUAACUAUAAUUAUGUGAAAAAUAUGGAAUCUCCACGGCUGCUGAAAACACAUCUGCCAUUUUCCCUUUUACCACCAGAUGUUCAUUCAAAGAAAUGCAAAAUGAUAUAUAUUACAAGAAAUCCACGAGAUGUUGCAGUUUCAUAUUACCAUUUUGCUUGCAUGCUAAAAGAAACACGUUAUAAGGGGACGUUUAAACAGUUUUUUGAAAGAUUUCUUGCAAAUCGAAGCACAUACAGUCCAUUUUUACAGCACAACUUAGAAUUCUGGAAACAUAGAAAUGAUGAAAAUGUGCUAUUUUUAUUUUAUGAAGACUUGCAAAAGGAUUUGCCUAAGAAUUUGAAAAAAAUCUCUGACUUUUUGGGGAAGCCCUUAACAGCUGAAGAAAUUAAAGCUGUUGUUGAUCACUGCAGCUUUAAAAAUAUGGCAAAAAGUGAAAGCGUUGGCUUAUCAGAUGAAGAUGUAGUUGAUGGGCAGGGAUCAAAGUUUUUUCGCAAGGGAAAGGUUGGAGACUGGAAAAAUUAUUUUAAUGAAGAAAUGAUAUCAAAAUUAGAUCAACAAGUUGAACAUGUUCUAAGUGGAUCUGGUCUUGAAUAUACUUAUGAAAUUUAACACUCUUUUUUUUUUUUUUUUUUUUUUUUUUUUACAAUUAAGCAUCUUUUUAAAAUAUCCUAAAACUUUCUGUUUAAAAAGACAAUUUUACAUUUCAGUUAAAACUCAGAAUUUGAAUUUUGUUUGAAUUCUUAUCAUAUGAUAGUUUUAGCUUCAUUUAAAACAUUAAGACUACCAACAGUGUGCCUGAACAUUCUUAACAUAAAUUGAUAUAAAGUCCAAUUUUUUUUCCAGUAGUUUUUAAAUGAAAUGUCUCAAUGCAUCAAAAGCAUGAAUUGGUUUCAUCAGAGACAAUCAUUCUACUCCAUCUGAAAUGCAUGAAGCUUUUAUUAUUAUUUUUAUUUGACAUUGAUGGUAAACUUUAGCAAUUAUAAUACACAAAAUUUAAAUAAUUAUUAAAAACUUCAAAUUUCUUCCUUUC